AUGCAGCAGCAACGAGAGUGGAACAACAGUUUGUUGGACUGCAGUCCAUGUGGCACUUGCAUGAUGUCCACAUUCUUGCCUUGUAUAGUUCUCGGCAAGACGUCUGAACGGAUGCGCGACCCCAAACUGACUAAUUACUCACCUUUCAACGGCGAUUGCGUGAUAUUAUCUGGUUUGGGCUUGAUUGGCUUUCACUGGCUUUAUAUAAUGAGCAAGAGAAUCGACAUUCGAAAGCAGUUUGGCAUUGAGGGAAGUCAGUGCGGUGAUUGCUGUGCGGCUUAUUGGUGUCCUUGUUGCUCUGUGAUCCAGCAAGAAAAGGAGGUCAUCGAUCGGACAGAAUACGCUCCUGUUACGCAGGGUUACGAGUCGCAAAAACAGGGCAUGCAUAUGGGCUGA